AUGGGGAAGAAUUUGCAGCAAGGUGGCCCUGAAAUUAUUGGGAAGAGCAGGUCUACCCCAGGAUGCAUGUGGGGUGUGCUUCAUAUCCUCAAGUACCAUCACUGGCGUCACAUUAAGAAAAGGCUCCCACACAAGAGAGGUCCAAGUAAUAAAAAUGAAAUUGGGUAUGAAAAUCCAGGAAAUGAUAUAAACGAGUUGAAUACUGAUAAAAUUUCUGACAAUCAAAGCAAUAGAAACAGCUCUGUUGUUGAUGAGAAGACGACACAGCCUGCUCCAGCAACCAAAUCUUCUGUUAAAUCUCGGCUAAAAGCACUUUUAACAGAGGAGUUGUAUAGAAGGAAGAACAAACAACGACGAAGCGAUUCUUGCCCUUUUCAUCCGCCCACGUCGCGAAAAGACUCCAGCAAUCAAUUGCAGCUUUCAAAUGAUGAGACCUCAAAAGAAGCAAAUCCCACAGUUUUUGACGAUAGCAACUAUUGGGUUGCUAGCGAGUUGGAUCUAUUGUUGCCUGAUUCUUCUGAAGGGAAGUAUUCUGAUGAGACUGGCAAUCACUUGGAGCAUAAACAGGAUGAUGAGACUGGAAAACAGUUGAUUGAAAAUCAUCUUGUUGAAAAUUCUGAUAGUGAAAAGCAAAAUUUAGCUCAUUCAAAGGAACUUAACGUGAAUUCUUCAACCAAGCAAUCAAAGGAAGCUUUGGAUGCCCUUGACAUGAUCAAUAUGAAUAAAGACUUCUUGAUGAAAAUCUUACAAGACCCAGGUUCUCCAUUGGCUCAUCUCUUCCACAAUCAACAGGCGAUAAGCCGUAAAAAGAAAUAUUCAAAGUCUCAGUCAUUCUCUUCAGCUAGCCAUAUGAGACGUUCUGCGUCAAGAAAACACAAGCCAGUGCAAGAGGGUGUUAGCUCUGACGAUGUAAAGCCCAAUUCGAAAGAUUAUUUUCGCUCAAAAUCAAUGCCAUCAAUGGCUGCUGGGAACAGGAUGGAUAGAAUUCUGAAACUAAACCAAGCAAUUUCUGAGACUCUUGAUCCUUUAUCUUCAAGUUUAGUCCAGAAAAGAAAGAACAAGAGUUUCAAGGAUUUCAGACAUAAGAUAAGAAGCGCUAUUAGACAAAGCAAAAAUGAGAAGCAAAGGAUUACCAUGGAUGGGAUCCUUCACAAGAUUCCUCGUGGUCAUGGCAAAGAAAGUUCCAUUAGUAACGACGGUGAUCCUUCUCUUCCUUGUAACAACAAAAAUGAAUCGCGUCGUUUUCAGAGAACAUCAUCUCUUUGUGAAUCAUUACACAGGUAUUCUUGGCUGUACGAAUCUAGUUUUAACAGAGAACCGAAACAGCUUACUCUCGAGACAUCAAAAACAACAAUUAAAGAUGCUAGCUCACCCAAAAAUAAUGAUUCCAAAUCCAUGAGAAGGAUGUUUUCCUCACCCAACCUCAAAUCUCAUGUUUGUUAUAGUGAUUAUUCUUCCGAUCUCAUUUCAUUAAAUCAGAUCAAGAAUGCUGUGGAUUCAAUUAUGAGCACAACCGAUAAUGUCACUGAAAAAUCAGAAGAUUCAGAAAGUGAAGUAGAAAGUGAUGUCCAACAGAACAUAGCCAGUGAAUCAAACUCAGUAAAAGAAGAUCAGUUGGGGAUGACAGCAGAAUCUAAUAUCGACCCAAAUGCAAAGUUGGAUUUAGUUAGUGAUGUUUUGGACCAUCUAGUGACGAGGGAUGAAGAAUCUAAGGAACAGGAUACUGGAAGCCCAGAUAACUUAGCCGUGGAACUGGAAGAACCCAUUAGUCUCCUUGUGCUUGACUCCAAAUAUCAAGAGGAAACAGAAGAGCUUGCAAGCUCUUCCACUUCAGAAGAAUCGUCACUAACUCUAACGUUUCUUAUUGAAAUAAAAUAUGUAGAAGAAGAUUCAGAAAUGAUGAUAAGCCUUCCCUUUCCCGACAUUAUUGAUUCUUUGGAUGCUCAGCCAGUAGAAACAAUUCUCCAGGAUAAACCAACAGCAGAAAUUUUUGAAUUUCCAAGCAAUAAUCUAAGGUUUCGUGUGGGUGUUAAAGAGAAAGCUCAAUUUGAUUACGUGAGAGACAUACUUGAGUUAUCUGGUUUCAGUGGGAGUGAGUUGCUUGGAUCUUGGCAUUCAAAUGACAAGCCAAUGGAUCCUGGUCUGUUUGAGGAAAUGGAAGAAGGGUGCAUGGUCCUUGAUCCUGAGUGUUCAGGAAAUAUUGAAGGCAACUAUUGUCAUCAUCUGCUGUUGUUUGAUCUGAUCAACGAGGUACUGAUGGAGAUUUAUGCAAAAUCAUACACAUAUUGUCCAAGGUCUCUGUCUGCACUCUCCCAUAUCCGUCUAAUGCCAGUGGGAGGCCAUAUUCUAGAGGAGGUUUGGGCUAAUAUAAGCUGGUAUUUGAACUCAAUUCCAGAGGCUGACCUACUAUUGGAUUAUAUUGUGAGUAGAGAUUUAGCAAAGAAUGAUGGGUGGAUGAACCUUCAAUUUGAUAGUGAAUGUGUGGGGCUUGAGAUUGAGGACUUGAUUUUUGAUAAUCUUUUAGAAGAAAUCAUUUUCACUUGA